GUCAAGCAUUCCAUUCUCGUUGUCGGGGUCAUUCGUCAAGAAAUUGCAUGCGUAGCUGCUGCAGCUUUUAUCUCUACUUCCUAAGACCUCCCUUUCCUCAUUCCUCCACUCACCAUCUUUUCUGUCGUGCUUUUACUGUCGCUGAUGUCUGCCCUGGUACUGUAAACAAAGCCAAGGGAGGUAUCGGGUUCGUUUGUGCUCGCCAUGGGCAUUAAAGGACUUCAUGGCCUUCUUAAAUCAAUCCAAAAACCAUGCCACCUGAAGAAGUUCAGUGGACAAACCCUGGGCGUGGACGCAUAUGGGUGGUUGCAUCGUGGUACUGUCGCCUGUGCUGUCGAUUUGGUUCUGGAUCGUCCGACCACAAAACAUGUUGAUUUUGUGCUGAGUCGGGUCCGGAUGCUCCUGUACUUCGGAAUUUCCCCAUACUUGGUCUUCGAUGGUGACAACCUCCCGAGUAAAUCGGGAACGGAAUCAGAUCGGUAUCAGAAACGUCAAGAUAGCAAGGCUUUGGGGAUGGAACUUCAGCGCAAAGGUCGGACGGCAGAGGCGUACCAGGAGUUCCAGAAAGCGGUGGACGUGACGCCUUUGAUGGCCCGUCAGCUGAUUGAAGAGCUCAAGAAGAUGGAUGUUCAAUACGUGGUCGCCCCAUAUGAGGCUGACGCGCAGCUUGUUUAUCUGGAACAGCAAGGUCUCAUUGAUGGUAUCAUAUCCGAGGACUCUGAUCUCCUUGUUUUCGGCGCCAAGUGCUUAAUAUCGAAGCUUGAUCAGCACGGCGACUGUAUUGAAAUUCGCCGAUCCGACUUCACAUCCUGCCGAGAGGUUAGCUUUGUUGGAUGGACAGACGCAGACUUUCGCCAAAUGUGUAUCCUCAGUGGCUGCGACUACUUGCCUAACAUUGCCCGCAUGGGGUUGAAGACGGCUUACCGGAGCAUUCGAAAGUAUAAGACGGUGGAAAAGGCUCUGCGAAUGCUCCAGUUUGACGGCCAGUACCGUGUACCUGCGAACUACCUGCAGGAUUUUAAACAAGCCGAACUUACUUUCCUUUACCAGCGAGUGUUUUGUCCAAAGGCAGGAAAACUGGUGACAUUGACAAUUCCAGAUGGUGAUGUGAAGUUAGAAGAACUUCCUUUUAUUGGUGGCGAUAUGGACGCUGAGAUCGCCGUUGGGGUUGCUCGUGGAGAUUUGGACCCGACGACAAAAAAGCCCCUCAUUGUUAAAUCACUGGGGUUGAGUAAGACAGCAGCGAACAGGCUGGCAAACUCCAUACACCGACGACAAACAAUAGGCUCAUCCGCCGAGCUCAAGCCAUCUAAACCUAUCAACUCGUUCUUUACCCCGAAACGUGUCCCCCUUGCUGAGCUGGAUCCGAAUAGCCUCACUCCAUCACCAAACCAGCAACGCCUACUUGAGCGUCAUGCUAACACUUCCUGGGAGAGCAGCCCCGCACCUUCCCGGCCCCUUGGUGUUAGGUCCGCGCCUGCAAACGCGCCGUCAAACCGAUUGUCAAGUCCACUAGUGAGAAGUGCAGAGCGGUCUUCCUUUCUGGCCCGAGCCUCCAAGCUAUCCACUAUGCAGUCGGUAAAGCGGCAACGACUAUGCUCUGAGGCAGACGAAGCAAGCCUUACCGGUACUCCAGAUUAUCGCAGCCGGUUUUUCUCACAGGUUCAGAACGAAUCCAGUCCAAGUGGGCUUAAGUUUAAUCGAAAUAAGAAAGUGCGCAAGUCCACACUCGACGUUUUCUCCGAUGACUUGGCAGAGGAUAUUAUGUCGCAGCUUCCAGACCCUACACAAACGGUCGAGAAGCCACAAAAUGAGACGCAGGAGCUCAAGGUACUCAGUCAACCUAGCGAGCCCACUCAAGGCAAUGGCACCGCCAAUGUGAAUGAUGAGUCGCUCCCAAGCACAACUGGGGGUAAGACAGACUUUGCGCAAAUCGGGCCUGAGGAAAAUAUCAACACUCCUACCACCUCCAAAACGCCGUCCAAGGUUGUGAAUGUCGAUUCCGAUCCACAAGUCUUUCACCAAGUGCUCGAAUAUCACAUCAAGCGGCAAAACUCUGCAGCAUUUUCAAAGUACGCUUUCAAAGCUGGCGGCAAUGGGGUUAGUCCGAACGCGCAGCGCCCUGACGAUUGUGUAGCGCAAAAGCCCCCUCUUCGAGAGCUAAAUAAUAAAGGCAUGGUAGAAGGCCCUGUCUGCAACAAGCGGCUAACCCCACUACAACGAUUAGGUCAAAGUGCCCUAGCUAGGUCUCGAUCCCUGGACGGGUUAUCGGCGUCUCCUCCGGCGUGGAGAAGCUCCACCAUGCGGGGAACUUCAUCCGAGAGGGUGGCCCGCGGGUCUCGCAUGCCGGUCAGCCUCCGUUUGAGCCAAGGCAGUGAAGACUGGAUAGCCCCUGAUAGUGAAGACGAAGACCACUUGGAAGAUGACAGUGCUCUUCCGGCUCAAUCACGACUGGCAUCUUUGGAUCUGAAACGAUUCUCUUUUAUGAACAAAUAAAGCAUACAUUGGUGAGGCCGCAUGGCACAUUUUCGGGGAGUACGAUAAGGUGUAUUGGAGUUUGGAUUAUUGUUAUUGACUCUUUUAUUUGGUGUUUAUGUUGCCUUUUGGAAUCUAUUGACAGCACUUGGUGUUCUGGAGGUAGUUUUGUGGACUGAGUUGCGGAGUAUUUGGGCUCCAUCCGCUAGUACAUCAGUGAGCGUUUAACUAGCAGACAGAAUAGAUGUUGAGUAUUAACAUGACUCUUGAUGUCCGCACAAAUAUAAUGUAG